AUGUCAAAAAUAUGGGCGGAUACACCCAUGAGCCUGAUCUCGGAAACUGGAUAUAAGGAACGCUCCGAUAUCCCCCUCGGCCAUUUCGCCAUCACAGCCGCCCAGAACAUGGCCCACCUGCAUAACGUGAUCAUCCGCGGCUUCAACUCUUCGUACAACCAAUGUCUCGCCGUAAAACCAGACACUGUCGACGCGAGCGAUUUCCUGAUUUACAACCGCGCUUUAUACAAGAACAUCAAAUCCCACCACGAUGUGGAGGAGGAGAUCUCGUUCCCAGGCCUCGUAAAGUUGACGGGAGUCGAAGACAUCAUGGACCAGAACAUUCAAGAGCACAAGGACUUUGAGGAUGGCCUCGAGAGGUUCCGCGAAUAUAUUUUCGAGACAGAUGCUAGGUCGUACGAUGGCAAGAGCUUAUGGGAGGUUUUGGAUGAUUUGGCUCCGGCGCUUCAUAAGCAUCUGGUCGGGGAAAUCCCGACGCUCCUCGAUCUUGCGAAGUACGACUCGAAAAAGUUGGAGGCGUGGUGGAGCCAAACUGGGAAGAACGCCACGAAGAAUAUGGAUGUGUUCCAAGAUGCACCCUUUAUGCUCGGCUGUAUGGAUUCCACGUUCAAGAUAGAUGGGGAAUCUCGACUUUUCCCCCCGGUCCCGCCGCCAAUCAAGUACUUAUCAAAAUACGUUCUACAAUGGCGAUAUUCGAGAGCAUGGCGCUUCAGUCCGUGCGAUGCUUUUGAGAACCCCAGGCCUCUAGCGGCUCCGAAUCCUGAAGUUUCUAAGCAAUAG